AAAAUAAAGAACUGAACGAAAAGUUAGAAAAAUGCAUACAAGAAAGAAAACCUUUGGAAGAAGCGAAUGCUAAAAUGCAAAAAGCAUUAAAAAAAUGUGAUGAAUAUUACACAGCCCUUGAUAAAAAAGCUAAUAUUAUUUUAGAUAACUUUAUAGUACAAUAUGAAAGUACUAGUGAUCUAGAAAUUAAAAUAAAUAAAAUCGGCGCAGUUAAAAAUGAAAAUUUACAAAACAUCGACGAAAAAUGUAAAAAACUAACCGAAGAAAACGAAAAACUCAUAAAAGAAAACAAAGAAUUAACGGAAAAAAAUGAUGAACUUGUUUAUUUUGUAUAUAAAAAACAAAAUAAAUAUCAACAAAUGAACAAAGAAAUGACAGAAUUGUUUGAAAAUUUAGAUAAAAAAAUCGAUAACAGCUUAAUCAUUUUAAAAAUUAAUUUUAUUUUUUCAGAUUCCAAUAUAAAUAAGAUAAACAAAAUCGUUUUAGCUAGUGAAAAUCUCAAAAAAAUUCAACAAUGA